AUGGACGAGCAAAAUGAUGUGAUUCGAAUGAAAGUGCUUGUGGUGGGGGGGCCUGCAAGUGGGAAGACUAGUAUGAUCCACCAAUUCUGUGAUGGGGCGUUUGAAGAGAUCUACCAACCCACUAUUGGUGUUGAAUUUAGUAGUAAGUUUGUGACAUAUGAAGGAAGGCAAGUUGAGAUCCGUUUAUGGGACGUUGCGGGACAGGACUACUAUGCAGCAAUGACACGGGUUUACUUCUCUGGUGCCAUCUCUGCACUUGUUGUUUGUGACAUCACAUCCAAAGAUUCGAUUGAAGCAGUAGUGAAGUGGAAAGCAAACAUCGACGACAGAGUUCUUUUCAACGAGCAAAAAAUCCCCGUUAUCCUUGUUGGUAACAAAUCCGAUUUACUCAACGAGAAGGAAUUGACCAAUGUUGAGAAUCAAUUGAAAGAGAUCAAAGAGAACGAACAGUUCACGGGCGUGGAGUUGAUAUCGGCAAAGACUUCAAAAAACAUCGACACGUGUAUGGAAAAGAUCACAAAGGCUGUUAUGACUCAAUUCGGCGAUUUCUUGGUUCAAAAACAAACGCCGAAAGUCCAAAGCAACCAACUCGAGUUUAAAAAGGUGGACAAAACCAAUGGGUGUUGCCAAUAG